AUGUACAGGGAGCGCGUACGUCCCGCAGGAUCAACGGUUGCAACUUCAGGAGCAGCCGUCGAGAACAUCACUAUCAGCACACUGGGUCGAUCCCGCGAUCUGAUCCAGUCCUUGAUCUUGGAGGCACAGCGCAAGUUCAUCGACAGGGACCAGUCUCGCACGGUCAUCUUCCAGGCUGAUCAAUACGGCGCUUGGAGGCGAACUAAAUCAAGGCCCAAGAGACCACUGGACACUAUUGUUAUGGACCCGAAACUGAAGAAUUAUAUUGUUGAAGACGCCAAGGAGUUUUUUGCAAGCGAAAGCUGGUACUCUGAGCGUGGCUUGCCUUUUCGACGCGGUUUGCUUUUGUACGGUUCACCAGGAACGGGAAAGACAUCAUUUAUUCACGCUCUGGCAGGGGAACUAGGCCUGAACAUUUAUGUGGUUAAUCUCUCGAGCAAGAACUUGACGGAUGAUACGCUGUCGGAGCUGGUCUCGGAUACACCUUCGCGAUGUCUGCUGCUUAUCGAGGACGUUGAUGCUGCAUUUGUUCAAAGAGAGUCCAGGAGUGCUGCGACAGGAAUUACUUUUUCGGGUUUGCUCAAUUCUGUCGAUGGCGUGUCUGCCCAAGAGGGUCGUAUGCUUUGCAUGACUACUAACCACCUGGAGCGCUUGGAUGAAGCACUGAUCCGUCCUGGUCGCGUAGACGUACGAGCACGGUUUGGAAAGGCCACCCAGUCGCAAGCAAAGGAACUCUUCAUCAAGUUCUACCCUCAUUCCACACACAUGCCAGACUCAACAACAAAAACCAACUCGAACAAGAAGCAGUUGUUGGUGCAGGAUGAUUGUUUCUUAGAAAAAUCCGGAACUAUUGCUGGCAAUGCGACCGUUCCUUCCUCAUUGAAAUAUGGAGCAAGUCUUUCGGCUCAACAGACAGGGGUGUUGGCGAAACAGUUCGCAAACGCUAUUCCUGACCAAGUUUUCUCGAUUGCACAGCUGCAAGGAUUCUUGAUGGGAUACAAAAAAUCACCGGACUUGGCAGUGAGGCAUGCCACUGAGUUUGUGGAGCGCGCAGGAAGUGCCGAGGUCAGCGGGACAGCCAAGGUUGGGUAUGACGGUGAGGGACACAUUAAUGAGAAGCAGGCUGAGGAAGAGGAGAAGGCAAAGAGGCAAUAUUUUUGGGAGGGUAGUGAACAGCAGAAGGAGCGAGAAGAGUUUAGGGAGGAGAGGGAGCGCGAGAGGAGGGCGAGUCUGAAGUAG